AUGUACAUUCCAAUUAAGGUCGAUUAUGGCGUGCGCGCGCUGGUUGAUUUGGCGCUAUACGGGGCUGGAGGUCCUGUUCGCGCCAGCGAGAUAGCCAAGCGCACAGUGAUACCUGAGCAGUACCUGGCGCAGGUUUUGCAUACGCUGAACAAGAGCGGCUUCACGGGCAGCCAUCGAGGUCCCCGCGGCGGUCACUUUCUUGCGAUGGAGCCUUCGGAUAUCAGGCUGAGCAACGUGAUGAUGAGCCUCGGGGGAACUGAGACGCCUGUCGCCUGCCUUACUGACAACACCAUCUGCAUUCAUUCGCCUGCCUGCGCCCAGCGCGAGGUGUGGCGGACCGUGGCGGAGGCGGUGUUUAACAUCCUGGACUCGACCACGAUAGAAGACCUGGUAAAUAGUACACCUAUUUUGCCGGAGCGAGAUGAUAGUGGUGUGCUGCCGAUUAACUUGAAGACAGCAGUGUAA